AUAGACUCAGUCCUUUAAAUCAGGUCACAGACAAUGUUUUGGAUAGCUUUUACCGUAUUUUUAAUAUAUGCAGUUGCCAACAGCUCUGGUCAGCCCCCGUCCUGUCCCCACGGAUGGGUUUACAAUGAUUCAUCCUGUUACGCCUUCAUCAGUGAUUAUCCAAUGGACUGGAAUGAAGCAAUGAUGUAUUGUAGAGCCCUCCAAGCAAAACUUGUUGAAAUAGAAACAGCGAGUGAAAAUGGAUUUCUUCGGCUACAUCUACUUGACAAUAAGGCCACGGGUCAUUACUGGAUUGGAUUAAAUGAUAUUUUGUCGGAGGGAGAAUGGGUAUGGAUGUCUUAUCAACAAACACCAACGUACACAGACUGGUCCCCCGGACAACCAGACAACUAUCAACAACACGAGGAUUGUACAUUACUUUGGGGAGCUACACGUUUUCACUGGGACGAUGCAUUGUGCUCCUAUAAAGAAAAUUUCAUCUGUGAGAAAGAAUCGAGUGAAGGAAUUAACAUCGUGGGAUAAGCGAGCAAACAGAACAGCUGUUGUAUCCUUGGAACUAGUCUUAUCAAUUAAACAAGUUUAUCUUCCAAAGAGUAAAAUCUUCAUUUUCAAGUA